UGUUGUUAUUCGAAUAAAUCGAAAUAGACUAUUCAGUAAAUCAUGUCUGACAUCGAAUCGAUUCAAAGAAGUCUUAGUGCUAGUUUUUCCGAACAAAUGUCAGACAUGAGUGAAAAUCAAUGCGACUACCAAUCAUUUAAUCCAGAAUCGGUAGUGAUAAACGAUGAAUUAAUAAUUACGGAUUCAAAUGUAAAUUAUGACGAUGAUGAAUGUUGGCGAAAAAUAUCCGAUGAGUUUCUGCAUCAUUAUCGGCGUCAAACAAAACGAUUGUAUGAAAUUUGUUUCAAAAUGACCAGAUCUAGUGAACGUCGAGAGAAAAUAAUAAAAGAAUUAAGUGAAAAGCUGUUACACAAAAUGGAUUCGUUAGUAAAACGCGAGCAAUCAAAUUUAGAAUCAUGUUUAGAAGAAAUUGAUUCGUUGAAAAGAGAAAUCGAAACCAUUUUAAGUCAAGUGGUUUUAUUUAUGCCCGAAUCAAGAUUACGAAAACAUCUGAGAAUUUCAACCGGAUCGACAGUAGAAGAGCAAGACAUUCAUGAACAAUCAUGUAUUGAAGAUCAGUUGGACCAACUGAAAACAAUGAGACAAUCAUUAAUUGAAUGUCGAGAUCAACACAUGUCAAUGGUGGUUGAUUUGCAGGACAAAUUGCGUAAGUUGAUCGAAAUCUUGGGCAUCAAUGCUUGUGAUCAUGAUGAUUAUGCUCACCUUUUAUCAGCUAAGUUGCUCGAUGUCGAUGAAUUAGAAAUGCUUCGCCAAGAGUUAUCCGAUCUGCAUAUAUUGAUGCACCAACGGCAACUUUUUUGUGCCCAAAUGGCUCGACAGAUCUGUUUUAUCGUUCGCUUAGUGCCGUUGCCCAGAUUUAAAGAAGAAACAUUUCUCAUUGAUUAUCUCGAUUUUAAUAAAGAUCCACUUCAGGAUUAUUGUAUUGGCCAUCAUUUUGUAUAUUCUGAGAAAAAUAUUGAAAUUUUGAAAGAUUAUCUAAAUCAAUGUCAAAUCGAAUUCGAAAGUUGUUGGCAAUCGAUUCAAUCUAAAUUCGAACAGCUUGAACAAAUGUAUUCGCUAUUCGAAUUGCAAGAUACGGAUAAUCAUAUAUUUAAUUUAGUUGAAGCUAUAUUAAAUAAAUAUGAUCAUCAUCUGAAACAACAUCAAGAUAAGAAAAAUAUGGCAGAAUUUUUGCUUGAAAAUUGGAAUUCGUUUCAUUUUCCUAAAGAUAUUAAUGAUCUAGCUUGUAUUCAAAAGCAAUUAGAUGAAGAUUAUAAUCACUAUGAACAAUUGAAAUCAUCACGAAUGGAAGAAAUAAUCAAUCGAAUAAGGGAACAAUUUGCUAGCCUUUCCGACAAAUGUAUGAUUAAUUUUGAAAGUCUUAUUAAAUCGAAUGACCAUUAUCGACAAUUGUUUCAGAAAUCGGACAAUUAUAAUGCUGAAUUGCUUGAAGCGCAUGAAUCGGAAUUGUCACAAUUAAAACAAUAUUAUAAUGAAUAUGAAAAAUUGUUCACACUCAUCACACAAUGUCACAAAUUACAAGAGGAAAUCAAUGAAUGUGAACAACGAUCUCGAGAUGUGUAUACGACGAAAAAUCGUGGUGGAAUCAUGUUGCAGAUAUUGAAUAAAAAACGAAGCACACAGAAACGAUUGCUUCAUGUACAAGAACAAUUACGAAAAUGGUACGAUGAGUACUGUCAUCAACAGGAGAAUAAUGACUUGAAAAUUCCAUUUGAUUAUUAUGGUUUUCGUAUCGAAGAUAUUAUCAACAUUUCAUGA